AUGGACACAGGGCAGACAGGACAGAUGGGCGCCGUUGGUCCUUGGCCUCCCUCCCUUCUUCUGGAUAUGGAACCAACACUCCAAGUUCAACUGUUUCAUCAUCUUGCUCAUCUCAGGAGAAGCUACACCAGCUGCCCUAUCAACCAACAGCUGAUGAACUUCACUUUCUGACAAAGCACUUCAGCACAGAGAGUAUCACUGAUGAGGAAGGAAGGCAUUCUCCAGCAAUGCGGCCUCGAUCUCGUAGUCUGAGCCCUGGUCGUUCUCCAGUGUCUUUUGAUAGUGAAAUAGUGAUGAUGAACCAUGUAUACAAAGAAAGAUUUCCAAAGGCCACAGCCCAGAUGGAGGAACGGCUGGCUGAAUUGAUUGCAUCGAGUGCACCUGAAAAUGUGUUGCAAUUAGCAGAUGGGGUCCUAAGCUUUAUUCAUCAUCAAAUUAUUGAGUUGGCCAGAGACUGCCUGGAUAAAUCACGUGAAGGACUUAUUACUUCUCGGUACUUUUAUGAACUGCAGGAAAAUCUUGAAAAAUUACUUCAGGAUGCUCACGAACGGUCAGAAAGUUCUGAUGUGGCAUUUGUUACCCAACUGGUAAAAAAGUUGAUGAUCAUCAUUGCACGGCCAGCACGGUUGCUUGAAUGUCUGGAGUUUGAUCCUGAAGAGUUCUACCAUCUGCUAGAGGCUGCUGAAGGCCAUGCCAAAGAAGGGGGAGGAAUUAAAUGUGACAUCCCUCGUUAUAUUAUAUGCCAGCUGGGCCUUACCAGGGAUCCCUUGGAGGAAAUGGCCCAGCUGAAUAGUUGUGAUAGUCCAGAUACUCCAGAGACAGAUGAUUCUGCAGAAGGAAAGAAUCGGGGAGCAACUGUGCAAUCUAAGAAAACACCAUCAGAAGAAGAGUUUGAAACUAUUAAAUUAAUCAGUAAUGGAGCAUAUGGUGCAGUGUUCUUGGUGCGCCACCGGAGUACACGUCAACGUUUUGCAAUGAAGAAGAUUAAUAAGCAGAACCUUAUUUUGAGGAACCAAAUUCAGCAAGCUUUUGUGGAGAGGGAUAUCCUAACUUUUGCAGAAAAUCCUUUUGUUGUCAGCAUGUUUUGCUCCUUUGAAACCAAGCGGCAUCUUUGCAUGGUCAUGGAGUAUGUGGAAGGAGGGGAUUGUGCAACUCUUUUGAAGAAUAUUGGAGCAUUGCCUGUAGAUAUGGCAAGAAUGUAUUUUGCAGAAACUGUACUGGCAUUAGAAUACCUCCACAAUUAUGGAAUUGUCCACCGUGAUCUAAAACCUGACAAUCUUCUCAUUACCUCAAUGGGUCACGUCAAAUUGACUGAUUUUGGCCUCUCCAAAAUUGGCUUAAUGAGUUUGACAACUAAUCUGUAUGAAGGUCAUAUUGAGAAAGAUGCCAGAGAAUUCUUGGAUAAGCAAGUAUGUGGGACUCCAGAAUACAUUGCGCCUGAAGUAAUAUUGCGACAAGGUUAUGGAAAGCCUGUGGACUGGUGGGCCAUGGGAAUAAUCUUGUAUGAAUUUUUAGUUGGUUGUGUUCCUUUUUUUGGAGACACCACAGAAGAGCUAUUUGGGCAAGUUAUUAGUGGUAGUGCUUUUGAAGUGAAACAACACAGGUUCUUCAAAGACUUAGACUGGAAUGGAUUACUACGGCAAAAAGCAGAAUUUAUCCCACAAUUAGAGUCAGAAGAUGAUACUAGUUAUUUUGACACUCGUACUGAGCGAUAUCAACACUUAGAUUCUGAGGAGGAGGAAGACACAAAUGAUGAUGAUCAUAUGAAAAUUAGACAGUUUUCCUCAUGUUCACCUAGAUUUAGCAAGGUAUAUAGCAGCAUGGAACGUCUUUCCAUCCACGAAGAGAGAAAAACGCCACCACCCACCAAACGGAGUUUCAGUGAAGAAAAGGAUGACAGACAUGAUAGCCUUGUGAGCUUGAAGAGUCAAGACCGCAGCUGGGUGAUUGGAUCCCCUGAAAUACUGCGUAAACAUAUCUCAGUGUCUGAAUCCUCUCAUACAGAGAGUGACUCCAGCCCACCUCUAACUGUCCGUCGGCAUUGUUCUGGGCUUCUCGAAAUGCCUCGUUUUGCUGUUUCAUCUGAGGAAGAAGGAAAAAAGAAACAGUUGGACGAGACUUCUUUGCCUUUGACACAACCUCGGGAAUGUCUUCCUUAUCUAAUUUCAGAACAGUCUAUAAAAAGAGAACUCCAACUGGGUGAUAACGAUGAACUAAAAACUCCUUCUUCAACUGUUAGUAGUAUGAGCAGCUCAACGUUUACAGGUGGGAACACUACAGAUGUCUCCAAUCAUUAUAUGCGCAACAAUAGCAGUGAAAGUCCAGACUUUAUGACUCCCAAGGCUACCAGUGAUCUAGCUGUGCGGCGAGCUCGACACCGGCUACUUUCAGGUGAUUCCGGGGAAAAGCGGACCUCCCCACGGCCUGUCAAUAAAGUGAUCAAGUCAGCAUCAGCUACUGCCCUCUCCCUCUUGAUCCCCUCAGAACACCAUACUUGUUCGCCAUUGGCUAGUCCAAUGUCACCUCAUUCUCUCUCCUCCAACCCAUCUUCAAGAGACUCAUCUCCAAGCCGAGACUAUUCUCCUGCUGUUACGAAUCCCAAACCACCAAUCAUCAUUCAUCGAGCUGGGAAGAAUUAUGGUUUUUCACUUCGUGCAAUUAGAGUCUACAUGGGGAACAGUAAUAUCUAUUCAGUGCAUCACAUAGUCUGGCAUGUAGAAGAAGGUGGCCCAGCAAGUGAGGCUGGUCUAAGAGAAGGAGACUUGAUAACUCAUGUGAAUGGAGAGCCUGUACAUGGAUUGGUUCAUACAGAAGUGGUAGAGUUGGUCCUGAAGAGUGGAAAUAAAGUGUCCAUAUCCACGACACCUUUUGAGAACACAUCAAUCAAAUUGGGACCAGCUCGGAAGGCCAGGUAUAAAUCAAAAAUGGCUAGAAGGAACAAGAAAAACAAAACAAAAGAUGGACAGGAAAGUAAGAAGAAGAGCUCAUUAUUCAGGAAGAUUACCAAGCAGGCCUCCCUGCUUCACACAAGUAGAAGUUUAUCUUCCCUCAACCGUUCUCUGUCAUCUGGGGAAAGUGUUCCUGGUUCACCUACGCACAAUCUUUCUCCUCGUUCUCCAACACAAGGUUACCGAUCUACUCCUGAGCCUGCACAUUUAGUUGGUGGAAAUUCUUCUCAGAGCAGUUCGCCUGGUUCCAGUGUUCCCAAUUCUCCAGCUAGUUCAGGGCAUAUCAGGCCCAGUUCAUUACAUGGUCUAGCCCCAAAACUUCAACGACAGUAUCGAUCUCCAAGACGUAAAUCAGCUGGAAACAUUCCUCUUUCGCCACUAGCUCAUACACCUUCACCCACUCCACAAUCCACAUCCCCUCAGCGUUCCCCUUCCCCUUUGCCAGGGCAUUCAAUUGGCAGUUCAAGCAUCAUGCAUUCUUUUCCAGUAAAGUUACAUUCCUCCCCUCCUUUGGCCCGGCAGAUUUCUCGGCCGAAGAGUGCUGAACCACCAAGAUCACCACUGUUGAAAAGAGUCCAGUCAGCUGAGAAACUGACCUCUUCCCUAUCUUCCUCAGAAAAAAAGCUCCCCACUUCACGUAAGCAUAGCUUGGAUAUUUCCCAUUCUGAAUUCAAAAAGGACAUGCUUCAGAGAGAUCUGGGUCUCCAAAGUUGGCAAGAGUCAAUGAAUGAAACAUCUGGAGUUAAAGUUGGGCCAGCAGAAAAAGGGACACUCCAAAAACCUUCUUCCCGAAAACUUGGAGCCAUUCGACAAGAUAGGGUAGAAAGAAGAGAAUCUCUACAGAAGCAGGAGGCCAUUACAGAAGUAGAUUCUUCUGAAGAUGAAACUGAUGAAGGGUCAGAAGAUAGUCAAGAUGGGAAAAGAUUGGAUAGGCCAUCCUUCAUUAGAGAACACCAAUUUUGUAAUCUUUUCACUGAGGAUGUAAAGCCUUGUUCCAGAUUAGAAAGCAAAGAUAGCAUGGAAGAUGAUGCUUUUCUUCCAGAAGAACCAAAAAUGGGCAAUGUGCAGAGAGAGGUAAAUCAACCACAACAAAAAAAUGUGGAAAGCUCAUUGGUGACUGGCAUAAAUGAGUCCCAGUCUGAAAUUUGUGCAAAAGCUUCCUCUACAGGAAAACCUGAGGACUUUGAACCAAUACAGUUAAUAUCAAAAUGCAAGACAGCAACAGAAUCAAUACAAGGUAAGAAUGUUGUUGUUCAACAAUGCACCUGUUUUAAAGAUUCUGAAGAUCCUAAGGAAAUACAGAUUGUCCAAAAAAGUACAGAUGGUCCAGAGCAGACGAAGUGCCUCCCAGUAAGAUUCCGACAGUUUGGUCAAGGUGACUGUUCAGAAAUAGCAGGUGGCAAAAAUAAUACAAAGGAAUCCGCUUCUGAAGAAGCCACCUAUCUGUUAUUUCAUGACAAAAUGCCUUUGUUAGCACUUGCUUCUUCUUGUACAACUAACACGAGCUCUCUUCCAUUAGUAAGCCAAAUAGACUGCGAAGACGCAUCUCAGAAUUGGGAGUAUCAACCUAUGAAGGAUUGUAGUAUUGAGAAUCUGACAAACUUUGGCAAAACUUUUGAACAAAUGUCUCCUAAAGUUGAAGAACAGGUUUUGUCUUCUGUAGUGGGAAUUCCAAAACACAAAAGUCACCCAAGUGAUAAAAACCUAAGUUGUCCUACAGGCAGUACAACAUUUAUGCUUGAUUCCUCAAUUGAAAGUGGAAAAACAGUUUGUCCCGCUCAUUUGACAAGUGCAAGGAGUACUUUAAAUGCAGUGGGAUUGAACAUCUCUAGCUCAAGAAAAGUAGAAAAAGAUAGAAAAGAUAAAAGCCUGUUCAAACAAGGCUCAAAGGAGACACUACUGGAAGAUCUGAAUCCAGAAUCAACCAAAACAUUCAAUAUAGGUGGCCUCAUUAAAAUUUGUGAUUCUCACAUUACAUCAGAAAGUCCACUUUCUUGGGAGUCAGAAUGUCAGAUAAUACCAAAACAGUUGCAGCCUGGUAUAUCUAACGCUUCUGAAAUUUUGGAAGAGAGAUGGCAACUACCUCUACUUGAAGUUCAAGCAGAUGGAAAUUGGAACAUGAGGAUUUCUUCUGGACCAGAUGAUAGUUUGAGUUCAAAAAAGGAGACUACUCUAGUGCCAGGAAAAAUCAGUGAGGCUGGAGGUCAGUCCCAAACAAAAGACUUUCUGCGGUCAAAAGCUGAUGCUGUGAAAAAGAAUAUAGCAGCAUCUCCAUUCAGAAACAAAGACAACAUUAGUUGAACUCAAAUAUAAAUCAAGAAACCUAUUCAUCUAUUUUUUGUAGAUUUGUGUUUCAUCUUCUCACCUUUUUCCAUUGCAAUUCUAUUUUUGUACACAGCGUUUGUCAUUUAAUCCCUCUUUACAGGGUAUCUUUAAAGCAAAAUCACCCUUCCUUUUCCUUUUAAUUCUGAGCAUCCUGUGCAUUAUCUUUUAAGUGUUCUCCCCCUACCUCCAAAUGUCUGUUUUAUUUACCAUAUAAGGCUGCUUGUUCAACAAUGAUACAUUUUGACACUAGCUCCAAGUGUUUAUCCUUAUAUCUAGUUUUUAAUGUCAUUACCUUGAUAGGGAUGAAUAAAUACAAUUUAUGGAUUCUUUUACAAUUCUUAAUGCCACUGCACACCUUUUUUCUUACAUAGUUGUUAUCUCCCACAACUAUCUGUGGAGGAAGCUUGUUAGCUAAUGCAGUGGAGUAGUAUCUUUUUUAAAGGGGCUCACUUGAGCAAUCUGUCAAAAUAAAUUUUGGGUUUUUGUUCUUAUUCGUUUUUUUCUGUUGCCUUAAAAAUAGUAUGACACUCCAUCAUUGGGGAAUUUUUAAUGUUAGUUGCCUUACCAAUAUUACCUUGCUCAGAGCAAGCAAAUAUUUAAAAAGAGGUACAAGGUACUUCCAUUACUGUAGCUCUAAGUGUAUUAGCAGCUCCCCUAGUUUUUAGCAGCUCCCUAGCACAGACAUGGAGACGGUGAAUAUCUGAGACCAUCCCACCUUAAUCUGUGGCUUAUGGUUGGUAGCAGAAGAAGUUAACAUCCGGCAGGAAAGUUCUGCUUGGAUUGGAACAACUGGUAACAAGAUACUGUAUUUAUUGGUCAGGGAAGGGCAGAGAUGAACCACUUAAAAGCAAAGUAGCCCUUAUAGCUUCAAUGAAUAACUAUUCAGGAAAAAUCUCCAGUAUCAUGCAAAUGAACUAUAUUUUAGUUGCUUCAUUUACUUACAUUUCCAAAAUGCCUAUGCUUUCUUAGAAUCCUUUUGAUACUUUUUGAGAGUGCAACAUUGUUUGGUGCUUUUUAAAAAAAAUAAAAAAUAAAGACAGCUAAAACUAGAACACUGCACUGAUACUAUAUACUCAGUAAAGCAAUAGAACAUUUCAAGAUUAUUACUUAUUAUCAUUUAAAGGCAAAAGUAGGUAUUUCAACCUCCCCCUGCAAAAUACCUGUGAAUUUAACUCUUUAACUCCCUUGUAACAGAAUAUAUCUAUAUGUGUCAACAGACAAAAUAAUUACUUUUAUGGUCUGAAAGCCUACAUAUGCUGAAGUGAUCACAUGGUGUAUGAAAUAAUUCUCAAGGGUAAACCUUGUAGUGAAUUAUAGCUUCAUUAUUCUGCCAUGUUGCCAUGUUGCAGAUAUCAACUCUUCCUGCACCAUUUCUGUUUUCAAAAUUAGUAUUUACUUUUUAACUGGGAACAUUUUAUUCUUUAAACUCUUACUAACUUCAUCAUCACAUUUCAGGUAUCUUGUAUCCUCCCCACCUUCCUGCAAUAUUUAGUACCUAAUUUUUUAACCUUGAUUUCAGUUUUGGACCAACUUAUUUUUGAGCUGGUAUUGUUUUAACAUUAACCACUCUUAAGUGCAUGAUGUGUGCUUGAAUGCAUGUAAAAGAAGAAACUCCCUGUGUAUGCGGCAGUGCUAUAAAAACCCUUUGACUUUUUCAUAUAUUAACUUGAAGCUUCUGAAUUUCUCCAAUAAUAUUACUCAUAAUAAUCUCAUGAGAUAUAAUUGUCUACUCAUCCUGCCACUUAUGCACAUAACUAACGUUAUGCACUGUCCUUCAGGCCGGUUUUUUUUUAAAAAAAUAUCCUUUGUGUUUUACAAUUCUGUCACUUUGCUGUACUGCUCUCCAAUAGACAAGUAUAUUUAGGAAAAAGGGAUUGUUGCUAACAUGAGCUGAUGACUUAGCCACUUAGAACUUGAAUAAUGUAAACAAACAAGAUUAUAAUUUACACUAUAUUAAUUUGAGGCCUGGGUCAUAUAAUGUACGUUGUAGUAUUAGUAUAUACAAAAACAGCCAAAGGAUUUGCAUCUCUGUUUAGCCUACAUAGGCUAGUACAUGUAUUAUCAUUUAGGUAUUACCUUUUUGAUAUGCCUUUUUUACUAUAACCAUUAUAACCUCUUAAAGGCUGCAGAAGUCUUUUCUUUCACCACUACUUUUCCAGCUAUGGCUCUUUAUUAAUAACAGAGAUAAAAAGAAAGGAAGUUCCAUUUAGGCUCCAUAGCAGAAAGGAAGAGAGAGAGGGGUGGGUGGGCAAUUGUGACAAUCACGAUGCCACAGAGGAUAAAAUUCAACAUCUUAAAAGCACUUGGAAGAAUCAAGCCUGCAGCGCCUGUGGCAUGUAACGGAGGAAUAGAAAAUAUUGAGGGAAAGACAUUCUCUCUAUUUGUGAUCCAGUUAAACCAUUUGGUGAUGACUUGGUUGGCCAAAUUUCCAUGUUUUAUUAAUAUGAUUUUAAUAAUUCUAUUUUAGGCAUAACAUAUAUGAACUAACCAUCUCAAUACACUGUUUGACCGGUUCCUCUUUGUUUCGAUAUCUAAAGAUCACUUUUUUUUCCUCAGCCAACCUUAAAAGUUUUCAUAUGCAGCUGAUGUAUUUGAUAAUACUUCACAGAAUCCAAGAUUACCAGAUUGAUAUUUAGUGUAAAUAUUAGACUUUUAGCCUUGCUAAAAACCACUUCUGGAGAAGGAUGCCUAAGGUUUUGUGGUAACGGUUAUGCUACAAGAAUGCUCACCAUACAACAGGGUACGAGGAAUGACUUGCGAGUUUUUUUCCUCAUUAUCACUGAAUUAAGAUGUGAUUUGGAAUUUUUUGUUUGUUAUUUCCUGUGGGGGGAAGAUACAGUCUUUCUCCAGUUCUGUCUUACGGACAUGAAGGAUAAUGCUGUACUUCUAGUAGAUGAUUUUACAGCUCUGUGUGUGUUUACACUGUGUGUUGAUUUUGGUUGUUUUGGAGGAUGUGAACUCAGUUCCAUGCUGAGUUGUGUUUUCAAGCUUGAAAUCUGACAAGCAGAGGGUGAUGUGGAAUAGAACUGUUUUAGAAACUUGAAUAAUUGCCACAUAAU